CUCAAGACUUCCUUCGCACCGCCUCCAAGAUCGUCGGUCGCUUCGGGGAAAAAAAGUCGCUUGACAAUUCAAGCUAAACUGAAAGUACUCACCUGUCGGCUUCCUCCCAGGCUGUCAGGAGGAGCGCAGGAAAGACACCGACUACACCCUUUAGUCCCGAAGACAACUUUCCAGCGGCGGGGUUUUUAUUUUUUUACGUUUUGAAAACUGAAAAUAAUAAUUCAUUUCUUUUUGUCGCUCAUAAACUUUUUGUUUUUUCCUUUUUUCAACCGUGACUGAGACGUUUACUGUCCCACGGAGACUGUUUUUUUUUUUUUUUCUCCACCUCAGUUGUUAGUGUUGGACUGACGCUUCCGGGUUUAAACGGUGAAUAAGAUACAGAAUGGGGUCUGGGGACACCCAGGAGAAAUCUUCGGACAUGGAGAUGGUCGAGAUAAACACAAGUCACGAAAAGCCUGGAGAUGCAGCGGAGGGUGGACAGGAACACGAAAGCAGAGAUGGUGAGGGCAGUCCAGGAAUUGGUGCACCAUCAGAGGAGCGUGACGCACAGGAGACCGAACCUUGCAUUUCAAAGAAGAAUGGCGGGGGUACGACCGUAGGCAAUGCCAGCAGCACAGAUCAUCAGGACAGCAAAACGAAAUGCAGCAGGAAGCUUGACAAAAAAUGGGUUGCCGUCUUUCUCAUUGCCAUUAUACUUGUUGUGAUUUUGGCAUCUGUGUAUGGGUGCCAUGCAAUCCAUGAUAACGACGAUGAUGUUGAAAUUGACCGAUCAACGUUUACGCAGCAACAGAAUUUUAGUGGGAGCUUCCAGUUUCUUCAAAACCUGUCUUCUUGUGAAACCCAAGGACUCGCUCACCAGGAAAUGCUGGUCGGCCUCUACAACUCCUCCCCAGCUCUGGAGCGAUACUUUGAAAAAGCAGAGACAUUUUGUCUUAGGAAUGAUUCUGCUGUGGUGCAGUAUCAUCUGACGUUUGCCUUUCCAGAAGCGGAUGAGACGGAGCUGAAAAACUUUACUCUUAGCUGGGAGAUGGUGUACAACGUGUUCAGGCAGUACCUUUACGGGCAGGACCCAGACAAAUUAGGGCCAAGGUUGAUUGACCCAGAUUCCCUAAAAAUGUAUAUAGUGCAUUAAUGACAGAUGUUGAGAAACUAGUCGCUGCAAAACCACCUUAACCUGAUUUUAAGACAGUUGACUUGUCAGCUCUUGCUCAUCGCCGAAACUGAGCCUCAGACCCAAUUUUUUUUUUAUAUACUGCUGGUCAUGUGAGUGCGCUCACGUGGUCAGGGUUUGGACAUUAUCCAGCUAGGUAAAUAACAAAACACUCAUGGUAGGGUCACAUUUUAUACAGUUUGUUUUUUACUUUGUAAUUUAGAUUUUAUUGGGUAUUGCCAUUGUUGUUGAGCUCCAAAGGUUUUGGAUAAAAAAAAAAACUGUGUCAUUGUCAGUUAAUAUAUGGUGGUUCAAAUGGACAAAAUAACGAUAAGCUGCUGUUUAUACACUCACCUCUGCAAACCUGUCCAGUUUUAUUGUGUGACCAGGCAUCAUUUGCAAACUGUAACUGGACUUGCCUUGAAACAUUUGCACUUUAGGCAAAUGUUUCAAAUGUUGCCUUGAAAGGUUUGCACUUCAGGCAAAUGUUUCAAAUGUUGUCUUGGAACAUUUGUCUAAGGCGCAACACUAGAAUAAUCUGCUGCAAAGAGCCUAAGGUUGUGUUUUAUGUGCAAAAGGUGAACUUAAAUCCUGUAAGUUGUAAUGUUCUUUAUUCAUGUUUGCUUUCUGUGAGAUCUUAACUUGAUCACCUGGUUGUGAAGGUUAUUACAGUUUAUGAUUGCAUUUGUAAAUGUUUAACAUAUUGAGCAAACACA